AUGGACCGUUUAAGCCCAUUCCUCGAGGCUUCCAACAGCAAAGUGUUGGGACAGAGCAUUCGGAGAUCCACAACCUCUGUGGUCCAUAGGAGCCGCUGUGAGGAAGGUCCAGGGAAGAAUUUGCCGUUUUUGGUGGAAAAGAAGUGGCGGUUCCCAGCUAUGAAGACUGUGUACGUUGGAUCUGGAUUUGCUACACCUUUUUUUAUAGUAAGUCACCAACUGCUAAAAAAUAAGGAUGUUUCAGUUAAUCCAUGA